AUGAUUCCUAUCAAACAGUCAAACGAAAAGAAAAGGGAAGAGAACCAAUUACCGAUCGGAGCAACACCCCUGAAGUCGCGAUCUGCUAAACCCCACCGAGACCAUUCCUCCUCCAAUCGAAGAAGCACAAUCCCAAACACCCCGUUGAUCGGCGUUUGCAGCCAUACUCCUCCUUACUGUUUUGUUGCAAGAAGGACUGACCGGCGUACUCUCCUCAGAACUGGAAACAGAGAAGCGGGGCAUCUUAGCGCACCGUCAUAUAGUGGAUGUAUUUUCCUUAAUAACAUCCGUAUCUCGAUCUUCAAUGGCGAAUCUUUGAUCGAUUUCCGAUCUGAUAUAACUGUGUAUAUACGCGUUUUUUAG